UUCAUGCAUGGCACGAUGCCGCUUCGGCGGACCUUCUACUACUUGCUACAAGGAAAGAUUAAGUUUCGAGACGAUGUGCAGGUUUUUGCCAUGGGAUUCCAUCGGAUACCUAACGAGCAGCAGCAAGGUGCUCGAGAUUUUGUAUUUUGGCACUGGGCACAGCUGCAAUACAAAAAUCCUCGAGUGCAGCUCGUGAAGCAUAUAGACGUGGUCAUCACACCUUUCGCACGAGCGUAUUUGAAAGAUGGUAGAGAAGUUCUUUUCGAUCUCGAAGGCAUGACUCGUGGUGAAAUCGAAUCACGAAUUGCGGCUACUUUGGGGAAGACAGAAUUAGUGGCAAAAAGAGAAGAACUAAUGGAGAUCGCCAAAUUGAAUCCGGCCGAUUUUGGUUCAAAGUGUAAACGACAGUGUAUGUGUGAGGUACAAGGGCAGCAUCCAUGCACUUCAUUGUUACAAGCGCCCAAAUAUAUGACCGGUAAAUGGCGGUGGAACCACAAUUUGAUUUAG